AUGGACAGAAAUAGCCAGGAUACCAUAUAUUCACGCGACUCCUCGAACUCAACCAUUGAUGGUAAUCAUGAGCCCAACAAUACCACUGAGCCAAAUAGAAGAACAAUCCUCCUUCUGACAUCUUUAUUGGCUCAACGUCCCGGGGAAAUAAUUCUUAUCAGCCCUUUCGGGCAACAAGGCGAUCAUGCUAUCAACACAUAUAGUAUUGUCCCGGGCACUGGCACACAACAAGAAUUUCCAAGUAGCGAUAAUCAGGCUGGGUUGAAUAUAUACGGAUCCUUGUUCUCUGGGGGCCUUGAUUCAAGCUUUCAGAUACACACCAGCCCCAUUGACCUUGAGACAAACUAUGCUCUUGGAGGUGAAUCCCAGGACCCAUCGACUGUAUUCAAUGAUGCAGGCAAUAGCACUUCAGUCUACUCCGUAACAGCGUAUGAUGGGCGGGGCUCGGUGAUUCCCCCUCUGACCGAUAUUUCGGGAAACAUUAGACUUGCUCGCUACCCCAUUCAAACGCAAGCGGAAAGCACUCCUAUCAACUAUAGGGAUAGCUUGGUAGAGACCGCAGAGUCUCAAGCUGGUUCGGUGUCGGAUAGGAGAGACCCAGACAAAUUCUGGAACCUGCCAGGGUAUCGGAAGGUCAGGAACGAUUUUAAUCUUCUUGACUGCUUUGAGAAUUGUCAGAAGGCACGGUGGGGAGACAACGGGUUUUGGAAGAGGCACAACCUGGUCUAUCACCUGAGAAGAUACCACGGGCAGGAUAUACCAUGGGGAGCCCCUAUUGAAUCCGAGUAA